CGGAGGCAGCCGUCUGGGCCGUUUCUGGCAUUUUUGUCAUCGAUAUUGCACUGAACUGGCUGGUCAGCUUCAGGGGCUGCUGGAAAAGCGCGUGGAAUGUCUUCAGCUUGCAUCGUCACCUUUGUGGGUGAAGAUGGUGGAGAUGCUGCCUGACGCCGUGAUGCAACUGCUGCUGGACCACGCGACCCACCAGCCCCGCAGCCUGCUGGCCCUGCCGGCCGCCCGCCGGGCAGCCCUGGCCCGCGGGGCCCUGCGCUCCCUGCGGCUACCGGCAGGGACGGAGCUGGCUGGGGAGGACCUGGACCGGCUGGGCCCACUGGUGGGGUUCCUGGGCCAGGAGAGUGUGGCCUGUGUCCGGCCUGAGAGCCUGCUGCCACGGCUGGGGGACCUGCAAGACACCUGCCUGGCUGCGGAGGCAGCCACUGAGCUGGGGCGGCUGCUGCUGUCGGAGCAAGCGCUGGGGACUUGCUGAGCAGAGACAUGGUGGAGCAGCUGCUGCAGAGCCAGCAGGACUGGGAGCAGUGAGCUGGGACGCCUCUGCCAACCCCCCAGCACCCCGGGUGAGGGUCCCAGCCCACAAGAAGUACUGGUGGCCCCACUGGUGGCAGCUGCUGGGCCAGGGGACUGAGGUGAGACCAUGCACUCCCCCCUCUGAGUCCUGCAUGGCCCCUGUCCCAGCUCAUGCACCUCCUGUCCCUGGCGCCCUCCCGUGCCCUGCCCACCCACUUUGUACCCUUGCUGUCCAGUGUCCCCCGUGCUGUCCCCUCUCUGGGCUGGCACUGUGUCCCCAGCACCCGGUGUCACCCACGCCAUCUCUUCCCUGGCUGGUGUGUCCCCCUUGUGCACCCUGCA